AUGAACGGGGACACUGUCACCACUGCGUCGUCGACGCCACGGCUCGUGACCGGAGACAGCCCCAGGACCGACGCCGCCUCUGUGACGGGCCCGCAGGACGGCUACGAUGCUCAACAGAUACUGGAAUUGGCCCGACACCCCCCACCCGGCGCCUCGGUCUACUCGCCGAAUGCCGUGCCGUCGUCAGCUCUCAAUCCAAGGAGUUGUGUGACGUGUCGCAGGAGAAAGAUCCCCUGCAUUUUUCCAGCUCCUGGCCGCGCCCCUCGUCGACCAAGGCCCAAGGACCCCAAUGCCCCAGGGAAGCAGGGCUCGAGCGAGCGCGAGCUGGAGCUAAUCAAGCGCCUGCGCAAGCUGGAGGGCAUUGUCGAGGAGCUGAGCAGCCAGAUCGAGGUCGAGUCGGUGCGCCACGGCUGCAGCCCGGGGAACUCUCCCGAGGCAGUAUUCUCGUAUGCACGGGACGAAAACUCCAUCGGCGUCCGCAUGGGCUCGUCCGGCGCCGGUGCCAGCCAUGGCUCACCGAAUCAAGGUGUCGCUACGGUUAGGAUGUCCGCGCGGCCGACGUCGGGGUCUGUGUCAGAGCCUGAUGUGUCGAGGAAAUCCCCCCCUGAUGUGCAGACUGUGCAUAAACAAUUUGGUCGGUUGGUGUUGAAUGAGAAGAAAGGAGUGACGAGAUAUGUCAGCAGUACGCUCUGGACGUCUAUUAAUGAUGAACUUGAUGAAUUACGAAAAGCCUCGCAAGACCUCACCGACGAAGACUCGGAAGAGUCGAAUAACGAGACAACCCCUGAGGCUGGCGAGAACGACAGGAGCUUGUACGACCACCAGUCCUUCGUGUUGGGUUAUCGCUCGGCCGACGUCGACCUGCGGCCUUUGCAUCCUUUGCCUUCGCAAAUACCCUUCAUAUGGCAGGUCUACCAGGAGAACGUCGACCCAAUCCUCAAGGUCGUCCACGUGCCGACCAUGAGCAAGGUCAUCAAAGAGCUGCGCAACAACAUGGACUCGCUUACGCCAUCGACCGAGGCUUUAAUGUUUUCUAUCUACUACGCUUCCAUCACAUCGCUGGACGAGGAUGAAGUCAAACUCAAUUUUGGUACCGACAAGAGCGUCCUCCUCCGAAAAUACCGCUUCGCCUUUGAGCAGGCUCUGGCCAAGGCCGAGUUCCUUACCCGCCCCGACCUCACGAUCAUCCAAGCGUUCUUGCUGUUCCUGGUGCUCGUUCGCCGGCACGACGACACCCGUUUUUCAUGGACAUUGACAGGCCUGCUCAUUCGUCUCAGCCAGGCCCUCGGCCUUCACCGCGAUGGAACACACUUCCCUAAUCUGACCCCCUUCGAGGUAGAGAUGCGUCGUCGCAUAUUCUGGGCGCUGUGCGUGCUGGAUCUUCGCUGCGCUGAAGACCAGGGCACCGAUCUGACCAUCGUCAACGGCACCUUCGACACUCAGUUGCCCCUGAACAUCAACGAUUCCGACAUCUCUCCCGAGAGCGAAUGCCUGCCCGACUCACGAACCGGUACCACCGACAUGGCCUUCUCACUCAUCCGCUUCGAAGUUUGUGCGCUGUCGCGUCGCUUGCACAGCGCUCCUUUCGACCCCGAAGCUGGCAUGAGCCUUGAGCAGCGCGAAGCCAUGCUUGCCGAUGUGUACACCCGCCUGAAGGAGCAGCUCCUGACCGACCCCUCGAGUCCCAUGUUCUGGGUGGCCUCCAACAUCGCCCGUAUAGUUGUCGCCAAGAUGACCCUUAUCAUCUACCAGCCCGUCCUCUUCCCUGGUUCCGGCAACGAUCAGCUUUCCGAGGACGUUCGUGCCCGCCUGCUGAACGCAGCCCUCGACAUCUUCGAAUACAGCCAUAUCCUGAACACCGACCCACGCUGUAAGCAGUGGCGCUGGCUCUUCCAGACUUGGAGCCACUGGCACGCUCUCGCCUACACCCUCGUCGAGACGUCGCAUCGCCCUUGGGGCCCCAAGACCGAACGCGCCUGGGCCGCCCUCAACCUCACAUUCUCCUCGCCCAACCCUGCCGAGCUCGAGAAAUUGGCUUCCCAUCACGCCGUCUGGAUGCCCAUUCGUAAGCUCUACCUCAAGGUCAAGAAACACCGCGAAGCAGAAAUCGCCCGUCUCCGUGCCGACCCCCAAGCCGCGCGCGAACUCGAGAUGCAGGACCAAGCUGCCCCUGCCCCAACGUCUAUUGGCAACAUCCCCGACUCUGUUAAGGGUGCAAUUGCCCUCGAUCGUUGGCGCAAGCUCAUCAAUCUGCCUCCAUUACCGCCCCAGCCUCAGCAACACGUCCCCUCGCAGCCAACACCUCAGCAAACCCCCCAGCUCCAGCCCUGGGGAGCGGUUGAUCGUGAUGAACUCAUGCGCCAGACUACCGCUAUGGUCGGCAUCCAGCCUGGGCCGAGGAACACAAUGGAGUAUAACAAGCCCGAUGUGAUGGAGUACCUCGAUGCAGCGAUGGCCAAUUCUACAUUCGUUCCGCCAGACCUGGUGCCGCUUUGGGCGUCGGAGGAUUCGGAUCAGUUAGCCAGGGCAGCAUUCUUUGCUUAUCCUCCCGCCGCAGGCGUCGCAGCUGCCGGCACCAGCGGUGGAUUUGUGCCCUCAGCGGGUAUUCCUCAUGGUUUGCCGAGUCAACUGCCCCCAGGAGGAAUGGUCCACAGCCAAAGUGGUAUGGUCCAAACCCCCACAACAGGGAUGGGUAGCUCUACCCAGGAGGAACAUCACACCCAACAACCUCAACAGACGCCGACUCUCCCGCCGUGGAUGUGGCCUGCCACAGCCGGAACCACAACUACCCCCGGAGUGGGGGGUGCUACCACCGGAGAAAGUCCUGAUAUACUGCGGAUGCCGGGGAACAUGGGCGCCGAAGACAUGGAUAUGAACAUGGAUGAGGGAUUCGAUUGGCAGACGUGGCAAGAGAGUUUAGGGAGGUACGAGUUGGAGGCGAAUGGGGGGAGGAAUGGGAGUGGUUGGGCGCCAGGGCUGUGA